CUCCAGCUGUGAAGGCGGAGUUGAGCGUGAUAAAGUCCUCUGAGAACCAGCGGGGGAACCAGUGCUCGAGUCACAUUCACCGGAAUAAAGAGUCGCUUUUUAUUUCCAUCCACAGCGCGGACAGACCUGAGUGAGCGUGCGGGACGGAAGUGGACAGUGGACGGAUCAGGUCUCAUUUCACCUGCGGGACAAGUGGAACUAACGUCACGUGCAGCUCGGUUCUGUAUCAGUCAAAAUGAAGCACCUCCCCGUGUUUUGCCUGUGUGCGCUGGUGAUGCUGCAUGGCCUUGAGGCUGCCCUGCCCCCGGCCACCUCGUAUGGUGAACGGGGCUCAGAUCUUGGCAUACAGGUGUUUCAGCAAGUGGUGCGCUCAAAGCCCCAGGAAAAUGUAGUGUUUUCACCCCAUGGAGUGGCCUCCAUCCUCGGCAUGCUGCUGACUGGAGCCAAGGGAGAGACCCGGAAGCAGAUCAUUAGUGGUCUGCGCUAUAAGAAAAAUGGUCCUUAUAAGAUGUUGAGGAAACUGCACAAGACCCUGACAGCAAAGUCCAACCAGGAUGCUGUCCUGAUCGCCAAUGGCAUCUUCAGCCAGGAAGGUUUCCCCAUGGAGGAGUCCUUUGUAGCCACCAACAAGGGCAACUUCCAAAGUGAGAGCAGGAGCUUGAACUUCAGCAACCGCAAGGGGGCAGCCAAUGAAAUCAAUGACUGGGUCAACAAUAAGACCAAAGGUCAAAUCUCCAGCCUGAUCAAACCAGACAUGCUGGACGCGGCACUGACCCGUCUGGUCGUUGUCAACUCAAUCUACUUCAAAGGCUUAUGGAAGUCCCGCUUCCAGCCGAUGAACACUAAGAUGAAGCCCUUCAAGGCGGGCGAUGGGAACGUGCUUUCAGUCCCAAUGAUGUCGCAGCUGUCUGUCUUCAACAUAGGCUUGGCCACCACACCACACGGGCUGAAGUAUAAGGUCAUCGAGCUCCCCUACCAUGGCAACACCAUCAGCAUGUUGAUUGCCCUGCCCUCUGAUGAGGACACAGCUCUGUCCCGUAUCAUCCCACACAUCAGCACAGCCACAGUGCAGGGCUGGACCAAACUGAUGCACAUGAGGAAGGUCCACCUGGCCAUCCCCAAGUUUACUGCUGAUGCGGAGGUAGAUUUGGAAGCCCCACUUGCAGCACUGGGAAUAAGAGACAUGUUCAGUCAGGAACGAGCUGACUUCAGUCACAUAAGCCCUGUGGGUUUGCACGUAUCCAAGGCCCUUCAGAAAGCGAAAAUUGUGGUGAAUGAAGACGGAACCAAAGCAGCCGCUGCCACUGCGGCCAUUUUGCUGGCUCGGUCCUCUCCACCCUGGGUGAUGGUGGACAGACCUUUCCUCUUCCUCAUCAGACACAAUCCAACAGGUACCAUUCUCUUUAUGGGCCAGAUCAACCAGCCUCGAGCCUAGCCAUCACUGGACAGCCCCUGGUAGUGUCAUAGGCCAGCACAAGAAAAAUACUUCUACACUGCCAAGCAUAUACAUACACACACACACACACACACACACACACACACACACACACACACACACACACACACAGACACACAGACAGACUCUCACACCUCACACACACACAUUAUGUACAGUGUGGACAUAUGAUGUUAUUUGUUAUGAAUUUUUGCUUUAUGUUCCCAUUUUCCAAAAUGCAUAUCAUGCUUUAUUCCAUGUUUUGCAGACUAAGUUUUCUAAAAGUUUUAAUUUUUUAUACUUUUAAUUUGACUUUAUUACAUUUUUAAAAGACUUUGAAUGUCACUUGUGUAUUUUCUCAACUACCUUGUUUGUAUUCAUUACAUCACUUUCAGUUUCAAAGCUUUCCAUCUGAAGUCCCUUCAGGUCACUAUAAGUUACACACUUGGUUACCUUGAACACUUUACAUUCAGCUACUUAAAUAUGAUUCUCUCCUUCACUGAGGAAGUCUUCUUUUAUUAUACCUGCUUCAUAUUUGAGAAAAUAAAUACACAUAUUUAAAACACUAA